AUUCCGCGUCCAAAUUGCAUUGUGGGAUAUGAAUUUUUUGUUUACUUAUUUGACAUCGCUGUCAUGCGUCCAUGGAAACACAGCAAACAAACGAGACAGAUGUACACGAGAUGAGAGUGAAAUUCCAUAGACGUAGGCGAGGAAAACAGGUGUCUACAAAAUGAUGAAAGCUGCCAAUGUUGUCAUUUUGUAUUUAUAAAACUGUGCAAAAUGCCUAUAAUUAAAGUUCCAGUUGUCCAUAAUUUGGGUAUAAUUUCCCAAACACACAAAGAGGAUUUGCAAAAAAGACUUUUCAAAAAAGCUCAGAAAAUAACAAUCACAACCAAUUCAAAGGCUACCAGAAACCCAUUUGAAAUAACAGAGGAGUUUAUCAGAAAGUACAACAAUUCCCAUGGCUCUGAGGAACAAGAAAAGUAUAGUGAGCUGGCACGACAACUACUUAGCCGAAGCAAGCGCAGAGCUGGACUGAAAUGCAUGGGUGAGGGCUCCCACGUUCAGCUUCCUCUGGCAUGGGCAGAGCUGCUGUUGCUUGGUUUGUGCCGUGGUAAAAUUCAAAAUGAUUCCCUGGAUUCCCUUCUGAUGUCACUGGACCAUGCUCCAGUGCAUGCAGAACAGAUUCCCGCCCUCUUUUACCUGGGAGAGUCAGUCUUGUACUGGGUCUGUACUGAUACGUCCCAGAAGCCCAAUUUGUACACCUGCGAAGUGAAGAUAUUGAAGCUGGGAUAUUUGGUCUUCUUGAGACUAUUUCUCUUUCACAUCUCUGGAAACCUGAGUGGAUACCAAAGAAGCAAAUCCCAUCUUCACGUUUUUUUAAAAGCUCUGUCUCAGUGUGAGCCAUGCUACCAACCGUAUCCAAACAUCUUGCUCUCAGUGCACUUCAUGUUACGUUCAGGGGAGAUCAUUUGUGGACUGGAACCUUUUGAAGAUGAUUCAGCAUCAGCUCAGGCAGACUGUCAGGAGUAUGACAUGAACCAGGUGCUCUGGCAUUGUCUUCUCAGUUGGUACUGCGUACAAAACAAUGUCCGCCAGCUCUCCCAAGUGGCACAGCACCUCAUCAUGCUGAGAGAGGAGCUGCAGAAAGACAACUGGGUGGACUGUGCUUUGGGAUUAAUGGUUCUGGGUGAGGCUGCAAAGUCCAGCUUGUUGUGUCUUCAGAUGUUGAUGAGUCUCCACAUCAACCCAAAGACAGAGCUGGAUGAGAUUAUAGAAGAAAACGAAGGUAUGUCUCAGAGUGGUUGCUGGCCAUGGCAGUUGGAACACAUCUAUACCACUGUGUUAGCAGACAUAUGCCAGCAUAGCAGCAAUGCAGAGAUACAGAAAACAGCUCUGCUGGGCAGUCAAACCCCUCCAGGAUAUCACAAUACUGAUGGACUGCUUAAACUUCUGAACCACUGUAAGUCCAGGAAGUGUCAUGACGGAUGGAGAUAUAUCCUGGUCUCCAGUUUGUCAGGGUUUUCACUGAGUGUGGCGUCAUCUGUUCAUUCGCUAGCUGGCGCCGAGGCCUGGCAGCUGCGCUACAGUGCUGUUCAGGCUUUGGUGUGCGUAUGCCGAGGGCUCAGCGGAGCUGUGUUGCAGGAAGGGCUGAGGAAUGUGGCCUGGAUCACUCUGCAGGAACACCUGUGCCAAGAGACUGACCAGAGAGUCGGAGAUGCCGCCCGGGUUAUAGAGGCUGAAAUGAAUGUUUCAGAGAGCAGUCUUCUCAGUGAGGGAGGGAAGCCAUCAUCAUCUACCUCUGCUUCUAGCGUACCUGCUAGUCUACCUGGCCAACUGAUCACCUGGAGGUUAGCAUGUACCCUCUCUCAGCUCUACCUUCCCCCCACGCCUCUCCAGCUCACCCCCCACACCAAGGCCAAGAAGGAACCACCACCUCCCUCCAACAGGCCUAGGCUGGAAGCCUGUCCUCCACUGCCUAAAGAAACAGUCCCUGGCCCUGCCAGUAACACGCAGCAUCCAACCAGACAUCCAGAGGAAUAUCAGAGUGCCCCGGGAAAAAGUAAGAAACAUCAAACUUACAUGGACUUCAAUGCACGUACAGAUGUUGACUUGAUGAGAGUUGUGGAGGACCAGUGGCAAAAAGAACUACAGAUCAAAAUGGCAGAGGAGGAAGAUGCUGAACAAAAUGAAUUAGAGAAAGUACAAAAGGAAAAAGAGGAACAAUUCAAAGAGAUUAUGAGGAGGCGGGUGGAGAAAGUCAAGAAGGACACCAAACCAUAUGAGCUGCCAGAAUAUCAACAAACGGGAGGUCAAAUCUGAAUCUGAAAGAGACAUACAUGACUUGUGCCAUGCUCUUUGUUAUGAUACUGAUCCAAAAACAUUUUUACCAUGGUGAUUGCAUCUAGCAUUAUUUUGGAGGGAAAUAGUGUCUUACAACAAGUGCAAAUUGUUUUAUGCACUUUAUUUCAUUUAAUUGGCCAAGGUAACUUGGGUUUCAUCCUUUUUUAAUCUCACAUUAUAUUUACAGAAAGAUAGAAAAAAAAUUGACAAAAUGUGACUCUUAGCGAGCAACAUUGGUAGAAAUUUGUGUGAACAUUCCAAGUGAACUCGCAGUGCAGUUUCCCUUUACCUGCAAGUGAUUGAAUGGAACAAAACAUCCGACUUGUGUGCUCUACCAAGAGGAGCUUCACAAAACGACAGUAGAGGUGGCGUAAGUGAGGACGUUGCACAUCUCUGUUGAAGCAGUAGAUAUACUGCACUGAGGUUAUCAUAAGAUGUGAUUUAAAAAAAAAAAUGUGGUAGCUGUGUAAAGCAACAAAAAAUGUUUUAUCACUCACCACAGUACAUAUACAGUGGGGAGAACAAGUAUUUGAUACACUGCCGAUUU